UGUGCUUGCUCCCGCGCGCAAUGUGAAUUUUCUGUGGGCACAAGGAGCAUUUGUUGUUGUUAGCGGUUCGCUGGUGCUGUCGUUGUCGUUGUCGUUGUCGUCGUUAUUGUUGUAGUUGUUGCUGUCAUCGUCAUUUGCUGUUUACUGUUAACUGUGUGCUUUGUUUUGCUUUGGGCAGCGGCCUCUGUCAUGUCUGUUAACGAUAACCACGAUCGCAAGUAUUUGCGCAGCAUUGGCGGCUUGUCCAAGAUCACCUGCCUGCUGUGCGGCUUCAUUGGAUUCCUCUGCAUUGUGUGCAGCUCGGUGCGUCUGAGCAAUUUUCGCGGCUGCUUCUAUAUGAUCGUCGCGCUGCUUGGCUGCCUGACGACGCUGACGCUGCUCGUCUGCCGCUACCUGCGGCUCGGCCAGAGCUGGAGCUGUGACGCGACGCUCUGGUCGCUUGGCGUGCACGCAACGCUGGCGCUGGCCCACUUUAUAGCCUCCGGUCUGGUGCUCGCGCUGGACAUCGGUGCCUACACGGCUGCUGCGUUCUUUGGUCUAACCGUAUUCAGCAUAAAUGGCCUGGAGGCUUAUGCCUGCUAUAAACGCAGUCGCCAGCGCCAUGUAGCUACACAAACGGUCUAGACGCACGCCUCCCACCGACCGCCCCCUAUCCAGAGGCUGUUGUGGAAGGCGCUAUUUGUACUAUCUUAGGCUAGUCUCAAUUGAAUGUGUGUAUGUGUGUGUGUGUUUGAGUGUGUGUUUUAAGUUGCAUAAAGUCUGAGUUUGCUAGUUAAGCCAAAAGUCACAUUAGUUAUUAAUAUUCUUCUUCUUCUUUCUUCUCAUCUUCUUCUUCUUCUUAUUCUUGUUGGCGAGCAACUAGUGGUCCGAUAAACUUAUCAAUUUGUCAAUAAAACACAAUAACAGAUACCCUAUGUAACUCUGAUAUCUAAUUCGGUCAGCUAUGCGGGUUAUUUAAGAGCAGAUACUACGCUUUAUUCAUUAUGUCAUGAGCAGCGCGCCGAUUGCAAGGUGUUAAAUAACUGAGUGUGAAUGAGGGCGAGGGAAAGCGAGAGAGGGGGCUAAAGACAAAGAAAACGAAAGAGAUAGAAUAAACAACUGGAUGCUGUAGAAACAUAUUUUGCAUAUAUAUGACGCCAUUUAAUGCUCUUUUCCUUAU